AUGUCCACUGACAUCACAACUGCUGCAGUUCAGAUCUUUUCAACACCAGAGCCACAGAGCAGAGAAGAGCUUCUGAAAUAUUUCUGUUAUCUGACUCUGGAUCCCAACACGGCACAUCGUAACUUCAUUCUGUCUGAGAAGAACAGAGCGGUGAGAUACAGUGAGAGAGAGCAGCAGUACUCUGAUCAUCCAGAGAGAUUUGACUUCUAUUGGCAGGUGUUGUGUAAGGAGAGUGUGUGUGGACGCUGUUACUGGGAGGUGGAGUGGAGCGGUGAGGGUGUGUACAUAUCGGUCUCAUAUAAAGACAUCAGCAGGAAAGGAUGGGGUGAUGAGUCUUUGUUUGGACGCAACAAUCAGUCCUGGAGUCUGUGGUGUUCUUCCUUUUCUUCUUCUCUCUAUUUCUAUCACAACAACAUUGCGACUGAACUCAGAGCUCCAUCAUCCUCCAGAAUAGGAGUGUAUGUAGAUCACAGUGCAGGAACUCUGUCCUUCUACAGCGUCUCUGACACGAUGAAGCUCCUUCACAGAGUCCACACCACAUUCACUCAGCCUCUGUACGCUGGGUUUGAGUUGUCUGCUUUGUGUGGUUCUACAUCUGUGAGAUUGUGUGAUCCAGAAUAA